AUCGCAUCGAUCGUAUCGUGUUCGCAACUUCGCACCGCACCGUGUUCCCUUGAGAAUUCGCUACUCCCCCGCACGCCACCGCCGCCCGUGGCCUAGCAGCCGGCACCCAAUUCGCCUCCCUUCCUCUUCCUCUUCCUCCGCCGCCCCCGCCCCCGCCCCCGCGGCCGGAACCCGCGAUGAAGAUCACGGCGUUGCUGGUGCUCAAAUCCCCUGGCGAUUCCUCCGCCUCCGGCGGCGGGGAGCAGCAGGCUGUGGUGCUGGCCAACGCGUCGGACGUCAGCCACUUCGGCUACUUCCAGCGCGCCGCCGCCCGCGAGUUCAUCCUCUUCGUCGCCCGCACCGUCGCCCUCCGCACCCCCGCCGGCAGCCGCCAGAACGUCCAGCACGAAGAGUACACGGUGCAUUGCUACAACAAGGAUGGCCUUUGCGCCAUCGCCUUCACCGACGCCCACUAUCCCGUCAGGAGCGCCUUCUCCCUCCUCAACAUCGUGCUGGAACAGUACCAGAAGACUUUUGGAGAGUCAUGGAGGACAACCAAAACUGAUGUGACCCAACCUUGGCAAUACUUGGAUGAUGCCCUAACCAAAUACCAGGAUCCUGCAGAAGCUGACAAGCUGUUGAAAAUUCAGAGGGACUUGGAUGAAACCAAGAUUAUUUUGCAUAAAACCAUUGAUAGCAUGCUUGAUAGAGGUGAAAGGUUGGACAGCCUAGUGGAGAAGAGUUCUGAUCUAAGUAUUUCUUCACAGAUGUUCUACAAGCAGGCGAAGAAAACCAACUCUUGCUGUACCAUCCUGUAAAUGAAGGAAGCUGUGCAUAAUAUCCUAGUAGGGCAGUGGAGUUGUGUUUAGUGGUACUGGUGCACAGACGUAUGCAUCGUGCUUCAUGCCAUGCUCUUUCUUUGCUCUCGUAUCCCUGAUCGUUCGUUCUGGGCCAAAGUGUUAAAGUAAAGGUAACUGGAGGGAUUCGACGAGUCUGGGGCUCUCGGCACAUUAGUGAUGCUUUGUAAAUAACAGAAACGUGGUCAGGCUGUUAGUUAUUGUGAAUUGUGAUGGGAGCUGUGCUUGCGUUUGACGA